UAUCUUCUCCACCUAACCCCUGUCUCUUCAUCGACUCCUUGGCGUCGGAGUUCGCGUUCACCAGAUAACAAGCGAGCGAGAAAAGAGCUUGCCGUUUGCCGCCUCGAUCCGUCUCUCGAUCGUGGAACCAAACAUCGGAAGCGCAUCGAAGGAGGAGGAGGAGGAAGAAGGAAACCGUGCGAGGCGCGGCUCUCGGUGGGAGAGUCGCGGUUGUUGGGUUCGAUCGCAGGUCUUCCCCUCUCUUCCUCCUCUGUCUCCGGUUAUUUUGGUUCCCGGGCCGAAGAUUCCGGCGUCCCCCAGCGUUAAUUUUAGCAAAUGCUUUUCCUAUACAGGUACGACUGACAAUGCCGUAUGGACAUCGGUGGGCAAAGAGUAACUUUGAGAAGUUAGCAAAUGGAAGAAACCACAGUAUCUGUAGGAGAUCAGUAGAUAAGAGCAAUCAGAAGUUUUUUCUUAGGGAACCUAACUUACUUGAACUUGCCUCAAGGGAUUCUGAACAGAGGUUUCCUUUAUUCGCAAUAAUUUUUGUUGAUACUCAUGCAUCCUGGAAGUUGUCACCUUUAUGUUCACCCUUGCCAGAAGUUGUUCAGAGAAAUAAUCUUGAAUCUUUGUCUCCCUCUAACAUGAAUGGUAGCGAGCCAACAUCUUCACUACUGUUCAUGGUUGGUUUACAUGCUGCAAAUGCAGAUUCUGCAAGGUUAAAUUCAUCUUGCAUUUCUAGUGAGACAGGUAGUUCAGACCAGUCUGAAAGCAGUAACAAAUUGUCCGAUCCUCCAGUCAGUUUAUCAAGUACACUUCCUGACUGCUUAACAUCAGGUAAUUCUUCUGGUUCAGUUUGUGAUAACCCAAGUGUAGUUGGUUCAGAUUUCUUGGUUAAUAACUACCCAAAGGUGGACAGAAGAGUUGAAAGAAAUCCCAGAAAAAAGGGGAAAAAGAAGGGAAAGCAAUAUAAACGAAAUGCACCUAGAAAGGUUUUGACUGAAUCAAAUGUUCAACGUGAUGAGAUCAGUUGCAAUUCUCUUUCUUCUUCAGGUAGGCAUCUAGAUAAUAACUUGUCAGAUGAGGCAGCAACCUCUGGCUCUUUCAUUACUGAUACUAGUGUAGAAAAGGAUGAUAGCACACAUAAUACUAAUUUUGUAGACUGUUCAACAUCGUUGUUGUCGUGUACAUCUUACAGCGAUGAGAUGGAUGGUUUUGAAACAGUAACUUCACCUCAGAGAUUAGCUGGUGAUGAAUUAGGCAGUAACACUACCGGAUCAUGUGCAAUUAAAGAUGCAGAAAUGGUUCCAUUCAAAUUAGAUCGGAGAUCCAAGAAGGACCAUUUUAGAGAGAACAACAUUUGUCAUGAUAAUUUCUCAUGCAUUUCCAUGUGUAAUAAUAAUAAUCCAGCAGUAGAUUCAUCACUGGAUGGUUGUAACAGUGACAUUGGUGAGAACUCUAGUGAUGACACUGCAAUGCGGUUAGUAAUUAAGGAUGAAAGUGGACCUAGUUCUUCGGAAGGUGAAAUUAUUUCACCUUCUGAAGAGCUUAUGCAAUGCGACACCUCAUCUCAUGCAACUGCAGAUUUAUGCAAUUUGGGGACUCACGUAUCAAAGGAUAAUUCCAGCAGUGAUGCUUAUCUGUCAAAUGAUGUCCUCGAUGCUUGCAGCAGUACUGAAAGAGUUGAUUGCAGUAGUCAGGCUGGCAGCAGCAAUGACUUCCAUCCUGUUAUAUAUGAAAGGCGAGGUAGAAGGUCUAGAAGAAUGAUUGGUCAUGGGAAUUUAAAUGGAGCAAACGGAUCUAUUACUGCAAAGAUACAUAGUCACACCGGGGAAGACAUUAAUUACUCCAUAUGGCAGAAGGUUAAAAAAAAUGAAAAAAAUGAGUGUGUUUCUAAAGCUAACAAUGUCAGCGUUUUGUAUGCUCAGCAUGAUGUUUCAUCAAAGGAUACCAAGAUGAAAAUGAAGCCUGACAAAUUUAUUGGGCAAAAGCAAAAGCAGAGUGGAAUAACCUGCAAAUACCCUAAAGCAGAGCCAAGCCAAGUGUCCUCCAGAGGGGCUAAGACAAGUCCUACUCUAUCUAAAGCCACAUUUGGAAGUGCAAAAAACAAAUCUAGUUCAGUCAUCAAACAUGCAAAUCAAAAUCAUUUGAGUGGAUCUUACAUUGGUAAGGGUGACAUGCCCAAUUCUCCAAAGCAUCAUUUUCAGCAGAAAGAAUGCCGGCAUAAUUCACCAUUUGAGGGUCUUAACAAACAUAGCAGCACAGGAUUCGGAUCACAUAGCAACAGCUCUUCCCAAAGAUGUUUGUCUAAGCUGACUGACAGUAUUGACUGUUGUCUGGGACACUCAGAGAAGGAAAUAUGUGUUCUUAUGGGGGCAGCACCACAAGGAAUUGUUUGUGAUGGGAUCCGUCAUUUAGAUGUGGCAGCUGCAUUUAGUGAAAUUGACCACAUGGCAACUACAUCAAAUCAGUUUGGUCAGAGGCAGAUUGAUGCUAAUUGUGAGAAUGGCACCACUAAGCACUCCAAGGAUAUUCAGGAAGAUCUUUCCAGUGUAGGUAUUGAAGACUAUGGAUGCACAAAACCGAAUAUUGAAAGUCACAGAGAAGCUAACAGCUUGAGCAGUAAUGGAUCUCCAAUACAGAAGUGGGUCCCAGUAGGGAGGAAAGAUUCGAUAGCUUCUGAUAUGGGCUAUUUAGACUGCUUAAAGGUUUCUGUCAUGGAUGAAGCAGUUCUUGAUCAUUCAUAUCCAAAGACUGCUGAAGUAGAGGAUGUGAAUAAAGAUGGAGAUAUCUCAAAUUCUGAAGCUAAUAAGUUGACUAACAAGUUGAGCACCUACCCUAAUUCAACUGAAGUUCUCGAUAUACAUGCUGUGAUCAACUGCCAAACACACAAGAUAGAAGACAAGGAAUUUAUUGGUUUUGAGACUGAUUUAGACAAGAUAAUAGGAGCUGUUAAGAAUGCCUAUGAAUUGCAAACUGCGGUAGAAAGUGUUCAACUGGUAACUGGCAGUCCAGUUGCUGACUUUGAGAAAUUUCUUUUUUCUGCUGCUCCAGUUAUUGGACGAACACAGAAUAGCAGAAGCUGCAACAGUUGUUCUCAUGAACGACUCAAAGAUAGCUCUCUGUGCUGGCACGAGAUUCCCAACAUCUCCUUGAAAAGCAUUUGGCAAUGGUAUGAAGAACUUGGUUGCUUUGGGUUGGAAGUGAAGGCACAUGAUUUUUAUAAUUCUAGAAGGCUGCGGAACGGUUGUCAUGAAUUCACUGCAUACUUUGUGCCGUAUCUUUCUGCUGUGCAAUUAUUUGGAAUAUCCAGGAGUACCAAGUAUUGCAAUCUGAAUGGACAGUCAGCCAGAGCUUCUGAGGGGAACAAGACAGCAAAAUCUUUGGGUUCUCUCCCAAUCUUCUCAAUGUUACUGCCCCAACCUACUAAGGACAAAGGUGCAUGCUUCUCAGAUUCAUCGUCUUCUGCUAAAGCUGGGUUCUUUGAUAAAGGCAUCGACGUGGAUCAUGAGGAGAUUAUAUUUGAAUAUUUUGAAUCUGAACAACCUCCUUGGCGGCAUCCAUUAUAUGAGAAGAUCAAGGAGCUGGUAGCCAGUGGUUCAUCAUCUGAUAGCCGCAUGUUUGGUGAUCCAUCGAAGCUGGAAUCUGUUAAACUGCAUGACCUUCAUCCUGCAUCUUGGUACUGCAUCGCGUGGUACCCUAUAUAUCGUAUACCUGAUGGUAGUUUUCAUGCUGCUUUUUUAACAUAUCACUCUCUCGGUCAUUUUGUUCAUCGAAGUUCCCCAGAAAGUGGCCAUGGUCUUUCAGAAGAUGUAGUUUCUCCAGUUGUAGGUCUGCAGACAUACAAUCAUAAGGGAGAGUCUUGGUUUCAACCAAGACACAUGAAUUCAAAGGUCGUCCAGUCUGAAGAUGUCAGUAAUUCAGAUACCUCGGAAUUAAUAAAGGAGAGGUUGAGGACGCUCAGGCAAACUGCAUCUGUGAUGGCCAGGGCAGUUGUUUCCAAGGGCAAUCAGAGAUACGUGAACCGGCAUCCAGACUACAACUUCUUUGUGUCGCGGAGUGGGUAGAGGGUCCUUGAUUAGAAGAUCAUCAUCACCGCUUCCAGUAAUUUUGUGACAAUGCUGAUGCUAAUUGUUAUAGCUAACAUAUAAAUUUCCUUUUUCUAGUGUUUCCAACCUAGUCAGGAUACCAAGUAAACCAGGCAAAAAGCAAGUUCUUGACUUGCUUCUUUGGUUUGUGUGUGUGUUAUCUUCCAGGAUCUAAAUGUCACCCCUCUGUAAUUUACUUAUGGCGUCGAUUCUGUU